AUGGCUUUCGUCAAAGAUCCCUGCGGUAUUGUUUGUGUGCUGGUCACCUAUAUGGCCGUCCUGUACGCGGACUAUGUGGUAACGCAUUGGAUAAUACUGCAAACAAUGCCCAACAGUCUUUGGGCACCGUUUCAUGUGGUUGCGUUCAAUACGAUCGUUUUCCUGCUAGCGAUGGCUCAUCUGAAGGCGGUCCUGCUAGAUCCGGGUACGGUACCGUUGCCCCAAAUUCGUAUCGACUUUUCCGACCUUCAUUCGGAGAAAAACUACGGACACGAGCGGGAAGAGUGGACAAUGUGCACACGGUGCGAAACGUACCGUCCUCCAAGGGCACACCAUUGCCGUAUCUGUAAAAGGUGCAUCCGGCGCAUGGAUCAUCACUGUCCGUGGAUUAACAACUGUGUCGGCGAACGUAACCAGAAGUAUUUCCUCCAGUUCCUGAUGUACGUCUGUGCACUUGCCGUUUACUCAGUCGUGCUGAUCGUCAUCUCGUGGCUGUAUCCUUGUGAGGAUUGUCACACAGAUGUGUCCCAAGCGCAGAGCCGCAUGAUGCAUAGCGUUUUGUUGCUGCUAGAAUCGGCCCUCUUUGGGCUGUUCGUAAUAGCGAUCAUGGUCGAUCAGAUGCAUGCGAUCCUGUACGAUGAGACGGCCGUCGAAGCGGUACAGCAGAAGGGACCGUACCGAAUCCAUCGACCGAAGAUGGCCCUACUGGCGGAGGUUUGUGGCCGGGGACAUCCAAUGCUGUGGAUGCUGCCCUGUACGAGCCUUAACCGGAAGCAUCACGAUGUGCCGUUGCUGAGCCACGAUGUGUAA